GAAUAUAAAACGAACAUCAGUAUGGUGGGAGACAGAAUUACCCUAUACGAGGUUGAGAGUAUGAGCUGCGGGUCGUAAAUGCACGACGAACAGUUUCGAUAUAGAACUUGGGGCGCCUUUAACAGCGGUUGUAUGAAGAACCGCUUUUGGACAAGGAAUUAUCAACAGACGUAUAGAAAGGCAGAAACCAACGCAGAUUUUUUCGUAUCUGAUGAGCUCCUCCGUCGCACCGCUGGUGGUAAGAUGGCUGUGCAGUUGGAUGGAGGAGGGAAGGAGGACUUGAAAACACAGUUUGUCACGCGGGAAGGAACUUAUAAGCUAAUGACUUUGUCGGAGUAUUCAAGGCCAAAUAGGGUCGGUUAUACGAAUAGUCAAGGAAGCGCAUCCGUUAGAGUGUCUUUUGUAACUUUACCGGAUCCAGCGGAUCCUACGGGUACGCAAGGACUUGGUGAUCGAAUGUGUUUCAACUUUGGCAAAGAGCUUUAUAUUUAUGUCUAUCGAGGAGUUAAAAAGGCUGUGGACUUAAAUAAACCAGUGGAUAAAAAAUUAUAUAAAGGAACUAAUCCAACUUGCCAUAAUUUUAAUCAAACAACAGCAACUGCAGACAGUGCACCAUUAUUGGUUGGUUUCUCUACGGGACAAAUUCAAUUGAUAGAUCCAAUAAAAAAAGAACUUAGCAAAUUAUAUAAUGAAGAUAGAUUGAUAGACAAAAGCAAAGUAACAUGUAUAAAAUGGGUUCCUGGAUCAAAUAAUCUGUUCUUGGUAUCACAUAGUUCUGGACAACUAUAUUUAUAUAAUGAAGAACUUUUAUGUGGUACAACAGCUCCUCACUAUCAAUCUUUUAAAUCAGGAGAUGGUUAUGCCAUAUAUACUUGUAAAACAAAAUCCACAAGAAAUCCUUUAUAUAGAUGGGUAAUAGGUGCAGAAGGAUGUUGUAUAAAUGAAUUUGCCUUUAGCCCAUGUGGUUCAAAUUUAGCAGUUGUUUCCCAAGAUGGAUUCCUACGAGUAUUUCAAUAUAAUACAAUGGAGUUAGUGGGUUCAGCUAGAAGUUAUUUUGGUGGAUUUUUGUGUGUAUGUUGGUCUCCAGAUGGAAGAUAUGUUGUUGUGGGUGGUGAAGAUGAUCUUGUGACAAUUUGGAGUUUUCAUGAAAAAAGAGUGGUAGCUCGGGGUCAAGGCCAUCAUAGUUGGGUAAGCGUAGUAGCUUUUGAUCCUUAUACUACAUCUUAUGGAGAUCAUGAUCCAGACUUCAGUGGUUCAGAUGAUGAAACAUUACCACAUAAUAAUCAUAAUCAUUAUCAUGAGAAGUCUAAUCGUUUAUCUACAACUUCACAAGGAAUUCAUUCAAACAGAAACUCUUGUGGUUCAGAAUUAAGAGUGUCAGGUGGUACAUGCUACAGGUUAGGUAGUGUAUCACAAGAUACUCAAUUGUGUUUGUGGGAUAUUACAGAAGAUGUGUUAAGACAACCAAUAUGUGCAAAACAAAGGCCAUCUGCAGCAGGUUCUAGCAUUCUUCCUACAUCUGCAACAAUCAACAGUGGGAAUGGUUCAACGACAAAUCAUCAUUUGAACAAUUCUAAACAUAAUAAUUUGAAUAAUGUUAAUUGCAAAGAAAACGCGAGUGGUAAUAAUGAAAGUAGUAAUAAUAGCAUGAGUACAAAUACAGCAGUGUCAACUGUAAAUUCUUUGACACAAAGGUUAGCAGGGCUUGGCUUUGGUGAGCGUAAAGGUGAUAAUCAUAAAAGGAACUUUAGCCUCACUAUGAGAGGUAGUGGUGCAUCUAAUAGCACAAUAAUGCAAAAUAGUGGUAGUGAUAAAACUACCACUAACUCAAAUACAAAUAGCAAUUUGAACAGUGUCAGUGGAAAUUUAGUAGGUCCAAAUAAGAAGGUUAGUUCUGUGAUGGACGAUCCUAUGAGGUUGAUAGGAACUGCCUGGUGCCCUAGGUUUGAUGAGUGCCCAGUGCUAGAACCACUGGUGUGCAAGAAAUUGGCACAUGAAAGAUUGACUGAAUUAGUGUUUAGGGAAGAUUGCUUCGUAACAGCGUGUCAAGAUGGAUAUGUCUACACAUGGGCAAGGCCUGGUCACAUGAUUAAUGUUCUGUACCAUGCUUUGGCUGAUGCAAGAGAAUCGUGGAUGAAUCUUCCCAGAAUUUAUCGCAUGCCUGGAAUAGGACAGGUUGGAAAUGCUCUUCACGUUGUCAGUCCUGCAGAAAGUGGAGGUACUAUAGUAUAGCCAGAACCAGAUAUUAAUACAUUUUCAAAGCACGAAGAAGAAUACAUCCCAUUAAUGCGUGCAUUACAAUCUUCAAAAAUGCAGUUUCAACCAUAUACCCAUUAUCGACAUCUAUAUUACGUAUGGCCAAGUGAAAAUUAUUCCAGUAUUGUUUAAAAAAAUAGAUAAUUCCAAAGCAUCUAAAAA